AUGGCGAUGAGAUUGCAGGACGGGAGCAAGUCGCUGGGACCGAAAGGCGGUCGCUCUCCUUUGAGAAGACACUUGCAUGGGUUGCUAACGGUGGGACUCGCCCUUGCUGGGACAGCACUGUAUGUGGUCAGUCAGCGUUCAUCCAGGGAGGGUGUGAUUUUGAGUGGCAAGGAAGUGUCUAGGUGCGGGAAAAUCGAGCCAAUUGUGCCUAGCUUCAAGAAGUCGGUGGAUUUGAUCCUGCACGAUGCAGAAUUCAAGCGGUCUUCUGUGGAAAAGCUGUCCAAGGCUAUCCAGAUCCCGACGGAAAUCUGGGACGUGAACCCGGAGCCGGCAGACGACCCUGAAUGGUACGCUCAUUUCUACGAGUUCCACAGGUUCCUGGAGCAGACGUUUCCGCUGGUUCACGAGAGGCUCACGCGCGAGAAGGUGAACGAGCUGGGCUUACUGUACACCUGGGAGGGCUCGGAGCCCGAGCUGAAGCCGGUGUUGUUUAUGGCGCACCAGGAUGUGGUUCCGGUGAACAAGGAGACGUGGGAUGACUGGGAGUACCCACCAUUCUCGGGACAUUACGAUGAAAAGAGCGACCUGGUUUGGGGCAGAGGCUCGAACGACUGUAAGAACCUGCUGAUCGCAGAACUCGAGGCCAUUGAACAGCUUUUGCUCGACGGCUACCAGCCGAAGAGGUCUGUGAUUUUGUCGUUCGGUUUUGAUGAAGAAUCGAGCGGUCCCCUCGGAGCCAGGCAUCUGGCUGCUUUCCUCGAGGACAGAUACGGUAGGGAUGGGAUCUUUUCGAUCAUCGACGAAGGGUUUGGAGUACUGCCCAUCGACGAGGGGCUCUUUGUGGCCUCCCCCAUCACGGCUGAAAAGGGAUACGUCGAUGUCGUGGUGACGGUCAAUGGGAAGGGCGGCCACUCUUCGGUACCACCAGACCAUACUACUAUCGGCGUCGCAUCAGACCUGAUUACUGUUCUCGAAGACAAUCCUUUCGGCCCAGAUUUCGAGCUCGACAACCCACUCUUCAGUUUGCUGACAUGUGCAGCCGAGCAUUCAAAGAGGCUCCCCAAAGAUUUGAGGAAGCACAUCUUGAGGGCGCCAAAGAACAAGGCAAGUCGGAAAAUGUUGGAGAAGUUUUUGUCCAGCGAUGUUAGGUUCCGUGAUUUAAUCCGAACCACCAGAGCUGUAGACGUUUUCAACGGUGGUAUCAAAGCCAACGCUCUGCCUGAGGUUUCCACCUUCGUGGUCAACCACAGAAUAGACAUCCACUCGUCUGUGGAAGAAACAGUCGCCGCAGAUGCGUACUUUGCUGAGAAAAUUGCAAAGAAAUAUGGUUACGGUUUCGCUCGCAACGGAGAGUUCUCGAUUCCAGAAACUGAGCUUGGUUACAUUGACGUAAAGGUCGCCAAGGCUUUGGAACCGGCUCCAGUUUCUCCAACUUCGGGUGCCGCUUGGGACAUCCUCGCCGGUACCAUCCAGGAUGUGUUCGAAAAUGGGGUUUUCGCCGGCCGCGACGACGCUGAGUUGUACGUUUCAACAACUUUGAUGCCAGCAAAUACUGAUACCAGGUAUUACUGGAAUUUAACGAAGAACAUCUACAGGUUCGUCGCUUCGAUCCUUGAUGCAAGUACUUUCGAGACUAUCCAUUCUGUGAAUGAGAGUAUCAAAGCUAGCAGCCAUCUGUCUGCUAUUGCAUUCAUUUACGAGUACAUUGUGAACGUUGAUGAAAAUGCUUAG